UUUCCUGUACAGCUCCGACAUUCCUGGACUCUCCCCUUUUUUACUUGCACGUACUAUGCGCUCCUCUUAUUCUUGCUGUAUUCCCCUUUUCUCCACAAAACAAAAUACAAACAGAAAAAACCUCUGGUUUCCUGUUUGCCAGUAACUUUAACUUAACACUUGUAUAGUCUCCCUGUAUGUGCUAGAACUGUGUUCUAUGUUCACCUGACUGUCGCACGUAUAGUUAUCUGGCGUGUACCUUUUACUUACCUAGGGUAUUUUCAUUGGACCUAGCUCAUGUUUCCUUGCAAAACAGAGAGGAUCUGACAGCUUAUUCAGGUCUACGUAUAGAAUGGACAUGUUUGAUCAUCAAAUGGCCCAUAUAUUGCUGUCAUUGAGCAACCAAAGCAGCGUGGAUUCCGCUUUCGUUAUGUAUGUGAAGGACCAUCACAUGGAGGGCUGCCUGGAGCAACUAGCGAGAAAGGAAAGAAAACCUAUCCUACUGUGAAAAUCUUUAAUUAUAUUGGUAUGGCCAAGAUAGAAGUAGACCUGGUUACUCAUACUGACCCACCGCGCGUUCAUGCGCACAGCCUAGUGGGAAAGCUGUGUAACGAUGCUGGAAAUUGUGUGGUGACUGUAGGCCCCAAAGACAUGACAGCACAGUUUAAUAAUCUGGGGAUUGUGCAUGUCACAAAGAAGAGCCAAACUGAGAUUUUGAAAGAAAAAAUGAAACAACAGAUGCUGAGGAACCAGCUAAGAAAGACACUUACAGAGAUGGAGGAAAAAAUGAUUGAUCAGGAAGUGAAAGAGCUGAAGAAAGUGACAGACUUGAGCAUUGUGCGGCUUCGGUUUACGGCGUACCUGCCUGACAGCAAUGGUGCCUUCACACUGCGAUUAAAGCCAGUCAUUUCAGAUCCCAUUCACGACAGCAAAUCCCCAGGAGCAUCAAACCUACGUAUUUCACGGAUGGAUAAGACUGCUGGCUCUGUUAAAGGUGGAGAUGAGGUAUACUUGCUUUGUGACAAAGUACAAAAAGAUGACAUAGAAGUGAGGUUCUAUGAAGAUGACGAAAAUGGAUGGCAGGCAUUUGGUGACUUUUCACCAACUGAUGUUCAUAAACAGUAUGCCAUUGUGUUCCGGACACCUCCAUACCACAAGCUGAAGAUUGACCGUCCUGUGACAGUAUUUUUGCAGCUGAAACGCAAACGUGGAGGAGAUGUCAGUGAUUCCAAACAGUUCACAUAUUAUCCCCUGGAACAAGAUAAAGAAGAAGUGGAGAGGAAGAGAAGGAAAGAGAUUCCAACAUUUAGCCCUUUCUUUGAUGGUGGUGCUGGUGGAGCAUCUGGGAGCUUUGGGCAAGGAGGAGGGAACAAUAUCAAUUACCUGUACCAAGGAGGAACUGGUUUCUACACAAGUUUAAAUUCUGGGGGUGUGUACCAUAGUGGCGGCCACAUGAUGAAAAAUUCCUUGUUAACACAUGGUACUGAGAAAGUAGAUGAGGUGUCGGCUUCUGGGUCAUCAUCAGAAACAUCUCCAUCUCAUCAGAGAGAAGCUCAGUACAAUGACGUUAUUCAGCAAGUAAAAGAUAGCAACUUGAGGAUGUUUUCACUCACUCGUCGCAUGUCAAGGGCCUUGUUGGAUUAUGCUGGCACCUCAGAUCCGCGGAUGUUACUGGCAGCACAGAGACAUCUGAUAGCGAUCCAAGAUGAAAAUGGAGACACGCCCUUGCAUCUUGCCAUCAUUCAUGCGAAGAGUUCUGUCAUCCAUGAGUUGUUGCAAAUUAUUUUAAGCAUUCCCAAUCAACAGAUUGUCAAUAUGAGCAACCACCUGCACCAGACCCCUCUGCACCUCUGUGUGAUCACCCAGCAGUAUACGAUUGUGGAUGCAUUGAUGAAAACUGGGGCUGAUCCCACUAUUCUGGAUCGUUAUGGGAACUCAUUGCUGCAUCUAGCUGUACAAGCUGGAGAUGAUACGAUGCUCAAACUCCUACUGAACUAUUCAUCUGUGAGCCAUACAAAUUUGCUGGAAAGUCCAGAUUAUCAUGGUUUAUUUCCAGUUCACUGGGCAGUGAAGAGAAAAAAUGAGAAAUGUUUGGAGCUGCUUGUGGCAAACGGUGCUAAUGUUAACGCCGCAGAGAGGAAGAGUGGAAGAUCCCCUUUGCAUAUAGCUGUGGAAAUGGACAACCUCAACAUUGCCACACUUUUAGUUAAGAAGUUAAAAGCUGAUGUCAAUUUUAAGACAUUUGCAGGGAACACACCACUGCAUCUGGCUGCCAGUCUUGGUUCACCAGUGCUCACCAGGAUGCUUAUCAAUGCAGGGGCAAAUGUUCUCUUAGAAAAUGACGAGCCUGUGGCAGUAUAUCCAUGUGGUAGUAAUGGCACAUACAGUGAUUCUGACAUACGAAUGGAUACUGAUUCUGACCACCAGGGGGAUAGUGAUUCAGACACAAAUGUCUCUAUGGACUCAGAUGAUGAUCACACCUGCAAACAGACGGAGACAAGAACACAGUGUGCAGUAAAAAGGCGACAUGUGGGGCAUACACCACUUGACUUAACCAGAAGUGAAAAGGUGCGGGAGAUCUUGUCCAAACAUGGAUCUAUGAAGCCAAAGGGGCCUGAACCAGAAAAUGUCCUCUGUUUGGAAAACAAUAUUGUACAGCGUCUCGAAAAGCUGUUAAACGAAGGUCAUGCUGGUGCCGACUGGACUGAACUUGCCACACGACUGAGCCUUCACAGCUUUGUUGACACUUACCAAAACAGUUCUUCCCCUACAGAGUGUCUUCUACGCAGUUACGAGCUUGCUGGUGGAAAACUUAAAAAAUUGAUUACAACUUUAGAAUCCAUGGGACUUAAUGAGGGUGUUAAGCUGCUGCGUAAAUCUGAAACCCUCACCAAGAAGAAGGAUUCAAGUACUCUGUCAGAUGCCAAGGUAGAUAGUGCCUAUGAAAGUCAGUCUGGGGAAAUGGAGUGCUCGGCUGGGCCUCCAAAAUCCAUACUUCCAAGAUCCAUGAACAUGCCUCCAGAACAAACGCCAUCAAAUGAGCCAGCUAUUAGACAAUAAAUGGUCCUAUUUGACCUGCUUUUCGCAGAAUGAACUCCGUUUGGAAACCAAUAUUGUACAGCGUAUCAAAAAACGUUUAGGACAUCUGGAACCUUUUUUUACUUUUUCUUUCUUUGAGCAUGAUCCUUUGAAUGUAAGUGACUAGGUUGUAAUGAAACUGCCUAUACAAUACCAAACUUUCUUUAAAAGUGGAAACUUCUUAUUUUUUUUUUCUUCUUCCCAAAAUAUACUUUGAAAAAAAAAAUUCAAGAUGUUAUAUGACUAUUCCAAACUUUCUGGAGACCUAAUUUCUGUGUUCCUAGCUCAUUUUACUAAGUAUAUUCACUUUUUUGUGUUCACCAAUAAUCUCCUUCCUAUUUAAAUGUUUUAUUUUUAUUAAAAAACAGUUUUAAGUGUAAUUUAAAAAAAAUCAACUAUAGAAAUAUCAUUUUUUUAUGUAAAGGAAUUCAUAUUUUUAGUUCCUGACCAGAAACACCAAGGUCAGGAUGUGCUUUAUUUAUGGUGUAUAGAAGCAUAGGACGUGUGGGAGUCCCAUUGUUCUGCUACACGUCAUCAGGCAAAGGGAUUUUCAUUUUUGUGUUCGAAUCUACGUAGGUUAACAGAAUUGGUACAAUUACAGCAGUAGUCAUUGUUUGCAUUACAUCUAGUGAUCCGUAGAGUUGUUAUGUUCAAAAAGCAAUUCUGGUACAAAUUUAGGAAAGUGGUCUCAAGACUAUAGCAACCAAUAGAAGGUUCCUGCUUUCGCACUGAAAAAUUACAAACUUUUAAACAUGCGCAUGUCUUCAUCGAGGCAAGAGAAGUCAGAACCAAAAAGGGCCUCUCAUACUUCAUUUCUAGUGUGACAGAUUAGUUUUCUUUACAUACACGUCUCUACAUAUACAUGUAUCAGGAACUAAACAUAAUGCAUAAUAUGUAAGAAAUAAUGCAGUACAUCUAUAUGAAGAGCGUUUUAAUUUCAUAAAUACAUGUUGAAAAAACUGAAUACAGAUGGUUUCUACAUUGAAUCACAGGUGCAUGACUUGAUUUACAGGCUUGAAAAGUGUAUUAAACAUUCUCAGGAUUAUGCAUGCAUAAAUGAUAUACAGCGAGUAGGCAUAAUAAAAAGAACCUAAACCCUGGGCAAUGA